AUGCCAGAUCCUGAUGGGGCUCGAGAAUCCCAAUGGCUACCAUUUAUUCGCAACACACUUAAAUUUGAUGACAAAACUAUUCUGAUUGGACAUAGCUCAGGUUGUGAAGCAAUCAUGAGAUUAAUCGAACACGAUAAAGUACGAGGAGUCAUACUUGUAGCAGCAUGUCAUACUGAUCUUGGUAAUGAGGAUGAAAAAGCAAGCGAAUAUUACAAUCGACCAUGGAAUUGGGAGGCAAUGCGAGCAAAUGCGGAAUGGAUUGUGCAACUACAUUCGCCUACUGACAAAUUUAUUCCAGUAGCCGAAGCACGUUUUGUAGCUGAGAAUUUGAAAUCGGAGUACAUGGAAUUGAAAAAUCGCGGUCAUUUCAUGGGUGCGCAACUUCCAGAAGUGCUCAAAGUGCUCAAAGAAAAAUGUUAA